AUAAAGUAUGCUGAAACCUUUGUUUAUUAUUUUGAAUGCUAUGUCAUCCACAGCAGCAUGAUCGAGAUCUUCUAACAUAUGCUCGGGAUUAGGAAUAUUGGGUCUCGGUGGUAAAUUACUUUUUUUAUUACCAAACAUAUUUCGUUUGAUUAAGUUUUUUUACUCUAUAUAUAUAUUUUUUACUUUAAAUAAUUAUAUGUAAGUGUAAAUUAUUAAUAUUUACACAAUAAUGUUUAACUUCACAAAGUACAUAAACACAGGACGUGGAGCAUCUCUGCAAGUAUAUAAGGGUAGCCGGUAUGCCGCCAAAACGAGGUAGAGUUUCAAAGACAAAUUCUACAGAAGCUAAAGUUAAUAAAAAAGGUAAAACAUCAAAGUCAGAAGAAACAACGUCUAAGAGAUCUAAACGUAAUGGAACUGAUAUUGAGGAGCCUGCUCCAAAGCGCGCAAAAACAGAGCCAAAGCAGAUGAUGAAUAAAACUGAUUCAAAUUUCGAUGAAAUCGAUUUUGAUUGUCAGAAACUAAAUGCAGAAGGAAAUGAAUAUAAUUUGAAAAUUUCUAGUUGGAAUGUUUCCGGGAUUAGAGCAGUUGUAAAAAAAAGUGGAAUGAAAUACAUUGAAAAGGAAGAUGCAGAUAUAGUUGCAUUACAAGAAACUAAAUGUGAUAAGGAUAAAGUACCAGAUGAAGUGAAACUAAGCGGAUAUCAUCAUUAUUUUGUUGAUAGUAAGAAACCUGGAUAUUGCGGCGUGGCAUUAUAUUCAAAAGAAAAACCAAUUGACGUAAAAUAUGGUAUAAAUGACAGUGACUUUGAUCAUGAAGGCAGAUUAAUUACUGCAGAAUAUCCAAAAUUUUUCCUCAUUAAUGUUUAUGUUCCCAAUGCUGGUCAGAAGUUAGUAACAUUACCAAAGAAAUUACAGUGGAAUGAGGUCUUCAAAAAUUAUGUUAAAAAACUGGAUGAGAAGAAACCAGUAAUUAUUUGUGGUGAUAUGAAUGUUGCUCACCAAGAAAUAGAUCUUACAAAUCCUAAAACAAAUACAAAAAAUGCUGGAUUCACUAAAGAAGAGCGAGAAGGUAUGACUGAUUUCUUAUCUGCAGGAUUUGUAGAUACAUUUAGAGCUCUCUAUCCUGAUAAAACAGGUGCUUAUACAUUCUGGUCAUAUUUUGCUAAUGCACGUGGUAAAAAUAUAGGAUGGCGAUUGGAUUAUUUUAUAGUGUCACAGCGAAUUAAAGAUAAAAUUUGUGACAAUGUUAUAAGAGAUAAGGUAUAUGGCAGUGACCAUUGUCCUAUUGUUCUUUAUACUAACAUAUAAAAAGCAGUUAUGAUUUUUAUAUUUAAAUUGAGCGUCAUUACGAUUAAUAAUCCAAUGCAUGGCAUGUAUAAUAUAUUUCAUCUUCUAAAAAUAAACUCAUGUUUAGAAGAAAUUAUUUAAUCUUCUUACUAUAUUGAUUAA